CACGUCGCAUCUCCCCAGCAGCUUCAAGUUGGAGAGUAACUGUCCACUACUCGUUCCCCACGCUCCUUUCGGUCCCCUCUGUAUCGGGAAUUUCUGCGAACAUCCCUAUUUCCCUGGGUGGCUGUCUGUCUCUCCUUUCUUCCGACCAACGACUCGAUGACCUCGGGAUGAGUAUAUUCUCCUACAUAAAGAGCAUUUAUGCUCUCGAUACAAUUGAUACCCGAUUUACGACUUCUGCCACCACCUCAUACAAGACUGUCAUAGACUCGCGGGCCGACCCUGCGACGUCAGGUUCGAAAAGAGAUGAUUCAAUUCCGGGAAUUGGUGUCAAAACGGACCGUCGCGGAAGGCCGGUAGCGCAGCCGUCGAGGUGGAAUACACUCGAAUUCUACUUUUACUAUUUUGUGUUUUUGACUGUUGUGCCAUAUAUGUUCUGGAUCGCAUACGAUGUGUCAAGACGUUAGUAUUCAUUAGCGCGAAAACCGUUGUCAGCUUGUCUCUGAUAUUUUGUCUAGCUUCGGAUCCGAACUACAAAAAAUACGAACCAUGGCUGUCACCCGGGUGGAUUCCGGGGCGGAAGAUUGUAGGUCUCGAUGGAAUUUAGACUAUCUUGUCCAGCAUCUAACAAAUAGCAGGAUAUAUCCGACGCUCAGUAUUUUAACUUUCGACGAAACCUUCCCUACCUCGCCGCACUGCUGGUUUUCCAUCCUCUUGCCCGCAAAUUAUACAAUGCCAUACGUCCUAUACCAACCCGAAAUGGUUCCCCGAGAUCGAGUAAUUCUUCAUACGUUUCUGCGGCAGAAGCAGAUGGUCGACUUGACCAACGAGCGACAUUUGAUUUUGGAUUUGCUUUAGUGUUUAUGAGCGCGUUACACGGCUUCUCCGUUUUCAAGAUUUUGUUGAUUUUAUACGCCAAUUAUACAUUGCUCAGGAGUGUCCCUCGAAAUUACGUACCAGCUGCCACGUGGAUUUUCAACAUUGGUAUCCUCUUUGCGAAUGAAAUAUCUGAUGGCUACCAAUUCGUAAAAAUGGCAUCCUACAUUUGGCCGACACAAUCGGGCGGUACUAUGAUGGACUGGUGCCACUGGCUAGAUGAUUAUGGUGGGAUUAUGCCGAGAUGGCACAUUGGUUUCAAUAUGUCAAUUUUGAGAUUAAUAAGUUUCAACAUGGACUAUCAUUGGAGCUUCAACCAGAGAGGAGGAAGCCCAUUAGAGGUUUGUUUUUCCCUUGAAAAGUUGCUUUACAAUGGCUAAUACCCAAAAGAAGAAACAAUUGGACGCUUCAAAUUUGUCCGAAAGAGACCGUGUAACCAUCCCCGCUCAUGCAAAUGAUUAUAAUUUACGCAACUACAUUGCAUAUUCCAUUUAUGCACCAUUAUAUAUUGCCGGGCCAAUCCUGACAUUCAACGACUACAUCUCCCAGCUACGAUACCCCCCAAAGAGUAUUGAAAACCAACGCACAAUAAAAUACGGCAUUCGUUUCCUCCUCACCCUCCUGGCAAUGGAACUAGUCCUCCAUUUCGAUUACUGCGUCGCAAUCUCCAAAGGAAACCCAAACUGGUCCGAUUACACCCCAGCCCAAUUAUCUCUACUUUCUUAUUUCAACCUCCACGUCCUCUGGCUCAAGCUGCUCCUCCCAUGGCGACUAUUCCGCCUCUGGGCCCUGGUAGACCGCAUCGACCCACCAGAAAACAUGAUCCGCUGCCUCUCCAACAACCCCUCCACCGUAGCCUUCUGGCGCGGCUGGCACAAAUCCUACAACAAAUGGCUGAUCCGAUACAUCUACAUCCCCCUCGGAGGCCGCUCAUCCAACAACUGGGUCGGCAGACUCCAGACGGUAGUAAAUUACACAGCAGUAUUUACCUUUGUCGCACUCUGGCACGAUAUCUCGCUCAAUCUCUUGGUAUGGGGAUGGCUCAUUGUAUUCUUCAUGUUGCCUGAGAUUGUCGCGGGAUAUGUGUUCCCGGAGAAGAAAUGGGAGGGUAAUCGGACGGCGUAUAGAGUGUUGUGUGGGUUUGGGGCGGUGGCGAAUCUGAUGAUGAUGAUGAUUGCGAAUUUGGUGGGGUUUGCGGUGGGGGUUGGUGGGUUGAAGAGUAUUAUACAUGGGAUUUUUAGGGAUUAUUCUGGUUGGUUUCCCACCCCUCCCCCCUUCUUCUUACAUUUCCCUUGUCGUGUUUGAUGGGAGUACUAACGGUGGUACAGGCAUGGCAUUUUUGGUCACGGCAUGGGGUGUCUUAUUUGUAGGUAUACAGGUUAUGUUUGAGGUACGACAGAGCGAGGCGAGGAAAGGUAUCUUCCUCAAGUGCUGAGGGAUCACGUAACAAAUUCAAGAAUUUCAAUUUUUAUUCAACAUCUAUCGCUGAUGAAGGGACGGUGUUGAAUGGUCCCAAAAUCACGAAAUCAAAAACGCCAACUAGCCCCCAAGAUAACGCAAACCCAAAAAGAGCUGAAAGAAAGUUCACAGUCCUCCCUGCUGAUGCUAGGGGUGUUGAAGGCCUCUAGGUCAUGUGUUUGCGCGUUGAGGUCGCCAAUCCUUUCCACCUGCCUAACCGAUAUAAUAUCCGAAAGAAAAAAAACUGAUAAGAAACCCAGAACUCAAAUUCAAGACGCAAUUUAUAUGAAAAGCUCGAAAACAACAAAUAAAUUCAAAGCAUAUCAUGUUUUUGUGGGCGCUAUUGAAGGUCCCUUUGGCGAUGAUUUUGCUAAUAUUUCAUGAGAGUUCAAAGAUCCAAUUCAAAAAGGAGAUGAUUGAAGGAAAGUGGUGGAGUGAAGCAGUCGAAACGAUUGUGAAGAUUCCAAGUGCAGCGAUUUCCAGGUUUUUGGUCGCUUCGUUGUUUGCCGAUUGGCGUCCCUUUUUGAGAUGAGAGUAUGACGAGAAACGAGUUCCGUUCGUGGCGGUUGGAAAAUCGGGCUUGAUGACUGUGCCUCUCUAGCUGCCUGAGUCAUUGUAUGUCACAUCUUCCAUGAUACCUCUGAUUUUCUCCUUGUCGUCCUCGCUGAGAUGCGUCCUUGGUUUCUCGAUGAAUGGCUGCCAAGAAUCCCAUGUUUUUUGUUUCCCAGAAAGCCAAGGUGCCAACAUCUCCGAGAGCAUCACCAUCAUGGCUAAAAUUUUAUCAUCUGAGUGGUUUUGGAGAUGAUCUAAGAAGGACUCUAAAAAACCAUUGGCUUUGGCCCAAUCACAACUUGGGCAUGUCGAUUUCCCGAUCCAUCCCCGAACCCCCCAUUCGCUCGCUUUUAUAAUUGCCAAAUAACCUCUCGACUGCUCCCGCAAAUCAUGGGGUUUUAAGUGAUCAGUCAUCUGUCCUCCAUUCGGAGAUCCUCGGUGAGCACACCCUAAGAACGCAAGAGGGCAUGUAUCAAUGUCAUCAAUGAGGUAGUUGCCAUAUCCAAUAGGCGUUUGACGCCAGCCGAAAGCUUUCAGCGCCUUGAGAAUAUCUUCCAAAUAGGAUUCUCUAUGGGAUUGUUCUGUUUGUUGCUGGUUAAGAUGGUCUUUCAAUUCAUCCUUAGCAAAAGGCCCGGCUCUACAGUCCUUGAAAAAACAGUGGAAUUGGUCCGCAUCUCCAUGCUCCUUGCGGUAAUGCUCCCAUAGUUUAUCUGCUCUUGGAAGUGGAUUGGCGGCACGCCUGCAAUCAUAUACUGGACAAAGCCAAAUAGAAUGGCGCUGGUGGAAAUUUUGUCGGUGUCUAUCGAGCUCAUACUUUCGUGGGAAUGUUUGGGUGCAUCCCGGAUGAUCGCAAGGAAGUCUGGGUUUGGGUCGUCUUUCUUUGGUGACCUUGCUUCGAGGAUUUGUCAUCCGAAGGGUUUCCAAUGGCCCUUUUUCUCUGGAGUCGGAACCUAAUAGUAGAGGCCCGUUUUUCUCUGCAAAUCUCUCGAGAUCACCAAACUGUGUCACAUCGUGCUCCGCGGCUGCAGGUGGACUCGGUACCAUUUGGGUUUUGCUGGAGAUGUCGCCCUCCAAUUAGCAUGUUAAAAAAAAGACUCACGGAUCCAAGUCGUCGCCCUCCAAUGGCAGGUUCCAGUCGAAGUCAGGGUUGAGAUCCUCGAUAGGCAACCACGGCGGGUGAU